CACUUGGGCACAUGAUAUAAUUGAUCCAAUUAGCCGAUUUAUCAGUUUUGAUAUAUCAGAACUAAGAAUUUCAUGGGAUAACGUUAUGAGCAGAGCUACGCGAGAAAGAAACAAUUCAGAUAAUGGGCCAAUUAAGAAACCUGAUAUAUUUGGAACCUACACAAAUGUGAAUGGAAAAUAUAAUUGGGAGAUUUUGUAUGGUGAAGUUUCUAAUGGUCCUUUUACAAAUAUGCCACAAUCUAAAGUUCAUAAAAUAGAAGACAGAGUAAAAUUGGAGAAAUUUGCCAAAGAUUCAAUAGACAAUGCUUUCAAGCGCCAUGCAAGAAGUUAUUACUCUGAUUUUCAAAAAUUAAACAUUUUUCUUCUUCAGAGCUCAG